GGAUGUCCGCUCGAUCGAUGCUGACACGAUCGCUCCCUAUAGGUCCAAAUCCGCCGGCGCUAGACGAGACACCACCCGCGUUGUCCCAAGGGAACAGAGAGCUCCGUUGUGAUCCAGAAGCGGGCGGCUCGAAUCUGUCUCCCAAUGGCGCAAGUCACCUCAGAGGACCGUCUAGAAGGACCGUGUUCUUUCAAUCAUCAAUG